AGACAACACAUCACCUUACUGAACACCAGACGGGAGAUAAAAACUAACCUGUAUCUUACAACAUUUAACCUUCUGCAACAUAAAGUCCGGAGCUGUCAUUUUCUUUCGGCGCUGUUGAUUUAAACAGUCCAGAAUGCCUUUUCUUGGACAGGAUUGGCGAUCCCCCGGUCAGAGCUGGGUUAAAACUGAAGAGGGAUGGAAAAACUUUUCUUCAGACGACAAAAACAGCAAUGACUCAGACGUGAGCUAUUGCAAAACAGAGGACGAGUGCUUCCAGGAGAAUCUGCUGCUGGCUAUUACAUACGACAUGGCAGCUAAGAAGAGAAGGAAAGACUUCAUGAACAACAACGCAAAGAUUCCUUAUUUCCACAAAGAGAAAUGGAUUUACGUCCACAAAGGAAGCACUAAAGAGCGUCAUGGUUACUGCACUCUGGGAGAAGCCUUCAACCGGCUGGACUUCUGCAGCGCCAUCAAGGACAACAGGAGGUUCAACUACGUCGUCCGGCUGCUGGAGCUCAUUGCCAAGUCCCAGCUGCCAUCGCUCAGCGGAGUGGCUCAGAAAAAUUACAUGAACAUCCUGGAGAGAGUGGUGCAGAAAGUCCUGGAUGACCAGCAGAAUGUCCGUCCCAUCAAGGAGCUCCUUCAGACCCUGUACGUGUCUCUGUGUGGUCUGGUGCAGGAUAUGGGGAAGUCUGUUCUGGUGGGAAACAUCAACUGUUGGGUCCACCGCAUGGAGAACAUCCUGCAGUGGCAACAACAGCUGGACAACAUUCAGAUCAACAGGCCUGUGUCUAAGGGUAUGACCCUAACAGACCUGCCUGCCAGCCUGCAGCUCAACAUCAUGGAGCGUCUGUCAGACGGCAGGGACCUGGUCAGUCUGGGACAGGUGACUCCAGACCUGGGACAACUCACUGAGGACAGGCUGCUGUGGAAGAGGCUCUGCCAGUACCACUUCACUGACAGACAGAUCCGUAAGCGUCUGAUGGUGUCAGACAAGGGCCAGUUGGAGUGGAAGAAGAUGUACUUUAAGCUGUGUCGCUGCUACCCUGUCAGAGAGCAAUACAGUGAAACCCUGCACUUCUGUACACACUGCCACAUCCUCUUCUGGAAGGAUACAAACCACCCUUGCACAGCCAACAACACAGAGAGCUGCUGUAAGCCUGUUUCUCCACAAGGCUUUAUCACCCUCUUCAAGUUCUGAGAGCCACACAGAGCCUGAGUGACUCUUGUACAUACAGAACUGUUUAUAGUGCAAUCGACGGAUUCAAACAGGCCCUUAGUAUGUGUAUAGUGGUGAUGGUGCAUUUGAUUCCUGGUCACCAUGACACUGGGGAGAGGAAGCAGUGGGGAAAUGAUGCAAUCAAAUUCUUGGACGGGAGAGCUGAGGAUUCUGGGAGCUGGAGUUCUACAGCUAAGAACAAGUGAACUUGACAAACUGAUCAAAGAGGUGGAACAAGAAGAGGGGGAUGAGAUGGAACAGAGUACUCUGAAGUUUAUUAAAUAAGUUUGGUCCUUUAAAUUAUUAUUAUUUUUUUUUUAUUCAAAUUAAAUGCACUUCUCUUCCUGAGUGCAGUUGUGGCAUGGCUACCGUAACAGCAUACUAAGUUUAAACAUUUUCCAGAAAGGAAAUAAUUUGCUAAAGUGAAUUUGUUUAGUUUUAAAUAGGGCUGUCAAACGAUUAAAAUAGUUAAUAGCA